CCAGGAUUUGUGGCAGGACGUGAUCGCCGACGAGCACCUGCGCUGCUGGCUCUCCUGGAGGCCCGGGGGCGACGCCGUCACCGAGGAGGACCUGCGCGAGAUCGUGGACAACGCCCCGUGGACGGACAUCGCCGACAAGGACGGGCGCGUCCACAAGGCCUGCUGGAUGGUCCGCGAGGGCUGCAGCUGCCCUUUCCGGUACGGGAAGGACGUCCUCAGCCCGGACACGAUCCCACCAUGGAUGGACGGCUACAUGCGCAGGUGGCUCAGCUGCCUCGGGCUCCUGGAGGAGGACCUGCCGAACAGCGUGAACCUCACACUGCACGGCGGGGUCCACGGCUGCGGAUGGAGUGCCGACGACGAGCCCCUUUUCCAGAGCGUGAAGCGGGACACGCGCGUCAUCAAUGUCGCCCUAGGCGCCAAGCGCGACUUCGGCGUGGGCCCGAGGGCGCCCUGGUGCAGGCACCUGGAGGCGCCCGGCGGCGCCCCGCGGCGCCGCCGGGAGCUGGCGCCGGCGAAAGAUUCGGCGACCAGCUUCGAGGUCAAGCAUGGUGACUUUGUCACCAUGGAAGGGCUCUUCCAGAAGCACUUCGUGCACGCCCUCUCGAGGGAAGUGCCCGACGACGGGGAGGUGCGGGCCACCGCGACCUUCCGGUGGAUCGUGGAGCACGCCAGCACGUGCGCGCUUCACCGGCCCGGCAGCGCGGCGGAGAGCUCGGACUCCGACGGAGAGGCGUCGAGCGCCAGCAACGAGUUCGCCUCUUGCUCCUCGCACGCCAGCGGCGCGCGGGAGGGGCACGAGCUCAGGAGCACCGCGAGCGGCGGCGCCGCCGGCUCCGACGCUGCGGGCGCGCUGGGCGGCGGACCCUGCGACCUCCGACUAGGCGAGCUGCUAGGCCGUGGCCGCACCAAACGGAAGAAGUCUGGCGCGAGGAAGAAGAAGAAAAAGUACGACGCCGAGGGGAACCUGGGGUCCUGGGACAAUUACAACAGCAUCCGGACCCAGAAGGAGGAGGACUUCCAGCGGAUGCUCCAGGAGGUCGCCAACAAGAAACCGCCAGAGCCGCAGCCCAGGAAGUUGAACAUCUUCCAGUGAGCCUCAAUGCUUCGUUAAUGGGGAGCAGCCCGUGCCAGGGAUCGGGGGAUGAGGAGGCGG